AUGCCAGAACGCUGCAGUCAAAUCUCACCGGGUAACGAAAAACGUGUAUGCCAGAACGCUGCAGUCAAAUCUCACCGGGCUAACGAGAAACGUGUAUGCCAGAACGCUGCAGUCAAAUCUCACCGGGCUAACGAAAAACGUGUAUGCCAGAACGCUGCAGUCAAAUCUCACCGGGGUAACGAAAAACGUGUAUGCCAGAACGCUGCAGUCAAAUCUCACCGGGGUAACGAAAAACGUGUAUGCCAGAACGCUGCAGUCAAAUCUCACCGGGAAAACGAAAAACGUGUAUGCCAGAACGCUGCAGUCAAAUCUCACCGGGGUAACGAAAAACGUGUAUGCCAGAACGCUGCAGUCAAAUCUCACCGGGCUAACGAGAAACGUGUAUGCCAGAACGCUGCAGUCAAAUCUCACCGGGCUAACGAAAAACGUGUAUGCCAGAACGCUGCAGUCAAAUCUCACCGGGGUAACGAAAAACGUGUAUGCCAGAACGCUGCAGUCAAAUCUCACCGGGGUAACGAAAAACGUGUAUGCCAGAACGCUGCAGUCAAAUCUCACCGGGGUAACGAAAAACGUGUAUGCCAGAACGCUGCAGUCAAAUCUCACCGGGGUAACGAAAAACGUGUAUGGCAGAACGCUGCAGUCAAAUCUCACCGGGGUAACGAAAAACGUGUAUGCCAGAACGCUGCAGGUGAAAAAAUCAAAAUUGCAGCGUUCUGGCAUACUCUCCACUACUGA